CACUACUGGUCCUUGACGCCAAAUUCCAAAGAAUUUUGACAUUUGUGUGCAACAAAAACCAUGUUUAAGACAAAAAUAUUGAUGUUAGGGCCAUGCGAGAGUGGCAAAACAGCAAUCUCCAAUUUCCUCUCCGAGGCUUCGGAGCAGCAAGGAGGGUUAUACCAUGCAACCUGUGGGGUUAGGAUUGUCGAGUUUGAAUCUCAAGGUUUGAAUGUAAAUGGGCGGACAAUGAAUGGAGAAGUGGAAUUAUGGGAUGUUAGUGGCGAUCGAAAAUUUGAGAACUGUUGGCCCGCCAUUGCCAGGGAUGCUAGUGGAAUCAUCUUUGUAUAUAAUCCGGACGCACCUAACCAUGAUAAAGAACUGGACUCGUGGUACACACAUUUUGUCAAGCAGCAAGGCUUGAGAGAUUCACAGUGCAUUGUUUUCAAACAUCAACGGCCGUCUGCACAUGAUAGAGAAAUAAUAGAACUUUCUGGACAGUUCAGUCGUAUCCCUGUCGUUCAAUCAAACUUGGAAGAGGAUCCCGAAGGGCUCCAUCUUGAAUUUAGAAACUUUCUCAGCACGUUAUUAAGCGCCAUGUCGGACAAACGGGAACAGGAAGAACUGAGCAUCAUGAAUCAAAGAUAAAUAUAAUUGUGACUUUAAAGCGCCCUACUGACGAGACCUUUUCAUCGCUGUGACCAGCAACAGUUAUCGCUGCAAGAAGUGUUACAAAUAUCACCGGGUGAAAAACUGGUUAUGGCUGGUUUUGACAUUUAUUGCAGGUCACGGGGACAACCCUUUCUUGUUGCAGGCAACUGUCUUUCGCAAACAAGAGAUUUUUGUCUCCUUCGCUGUUUGAAAAUUAUUCUCGUUGUGUGUUUUACUUGACAGGAUUGCUUCUCAGGAUCUGAGUAGAUGCAGAUUCUAGGCCUCAUUAAUUCCCUGAAGUCAGUUUCUCCCAGAUUCAUUAGAUAGAGUGUCUGUUUCUAAGGGAAGGUGGCAGCUGAGCUGCUUUACCUGAUUUAAACAUCACACCAUGAUUGAUGUUUCCAUGGUCAGUUGAUAGAGGGCCCUCCUGGCUAAAACACAAGACCUUGUAUUCUAUGUAUCCGGGAGGAUUUGGGAGGUAAAAUCUUCUUUUACUGUCUAAUAAAUUACAAAUUCCAUUGGAAGUUUCUGUAAGGUUGGGAAAGAUGUAAUAGUUACUUCAAAAGAUACAGUAGUCUUAUUGAAAGUCACAUCAUUGUUUCAAAAAAUCCAUAGGGACAAGAUAUAUUUUGUUUGAACUAUUGCAAAGGGAAAAAGAUGUUUGUCAGAUUUGUGAUAACUGUAACACUGAAUAAGGUGAGAUUGUUAAAUGCGCCAUUCUUGUUUCUGUAAUCAAAGGUACCUGCACAUCUUGCUAUGGACUUUGUUAAGCUUGUUUAAAAAAGUAUGGGCUUCUUCUUUGCCUUGAGUUCAAAAUUGUGAUUAUCACUGUGAUGUGCUGUCACCUACUUUCACUUUGAAUUCAGGCAUGUAUUCCGUCCAAGUAUAUAUACUGCAAACCUGGACAUUUUUGCUGGCUGGUUAAUUUUCCUGACGGUGUCUGUCCAUGAAAAAAAAAAGGGGUGAAAUCUGUGAAAAUAUUAGGCCAUAAAUAUAUUCAGGUUUCACAGUGCUGUUUUUUUCCAUCCAAUAAACCUCAUUUUACACAAAUCUUUGCCAAAUGUUUGUCAGAGUGGUAUUUACGUCUGAUAAUGAUGAUGAAUUGUGACAAAAGUUUGUGUAAAAUGAGUUAGUGUAAUAAUGUAUAUUGCCAAUAAAAUGUGAAUAAGAACUGCUCGUCCUGGUUGGUAUAAACUUGGCUUCUUUAUGUUCCCUCGAGACAACUUCCAACAUUUUUUUUAGAACUGUCUGACUGCUGCAGUGAAAGACAUGGAAUAAUAAGCAUUGAAAUAGUUAAGGGUUUUGAAUCUUGGACAGAAGUUUGAUUCUCUGCUCCUCAAAACUGUCUGUGAGUAAGAUCUCAUUUUCAUCUGUGUUGGAAAUUCAUCGCUUAUUUUUUAGCACGGGCAGUAAAUCGACCUUCUGAAAGUAAAUACCUGUUGUUGCCUUCGAUCGCCCUGCUACAUUUUGUUCCCAUCAUCAUAAAUUGAACAGUGACCUGCGGGAUACACAAUUCGUCAUUUCAGACCCUGCCUCUUGUUUACAGAGUAUCAGUUGGUACUCCCACGUUUGGUAUCAAAUAUCAAAAGAAAACCAUGCAAAUGAAACUUUGCCACCCCUGGAAACUGGCACAUGAGCAACUAAAUCGCAGCUAUUACCUGAGUCGAUAUUUAUCGCUUCGGGAUAUUUUUGCCCUGAAAUUCGAUAGCGUAUUGUAGCACUGACAUUUCAGCUAGGUAUUGGAUUAUAAUAAUUUGUUAGCAUUACCCAGUACAUUAACCGAUGCAUAAUUUGUGAUUGCUAACGGUUAUUGAUUGAAAAGCUCUCUGAAAUGCACAGCUUAUUGAUUUGGAAGUAUUCAAUAAAAUU